AUGGCUGACGGAGGGGAGGUCUUGUUGAGAAGAGGUGGGGAGCGCCACAACACCACCAGGUUCGUGAAAGGUACAAAUGCAAAGAAGCCGCCGAACUUCGAAGGAACUGGGGUAAUCGCCCUUUUCAAGCAUCCGUUGUCCAUUUUCUUGGUCUGUGUGCCCUUUGGCGUCUGCUCCUACUACCUGUCGUGGGAUCCGGCAUACACCUUCUGGCUGAACUUCUUUGCCAUGCUGCCCAUGGCAAAAAUCUUGGGUGACAUCACAGAGGAGCUGGCAGCUGGCCUGAGGAAUGACCUCCUGGCCGGGCUGAUCAACGCCACUUUUGGGAACGCGGUGGAGAUGGUCAUCACGGUUCAAACUCUCCGUGGGGGUCUCUAUGCGGUGGUGAAGGCCACACUCUUGGGCUCGGUUCUUUCCAACGUACUGCUCGUCCUGGGCAUGUCAUUUCUCUUCGGCGGCUUAGUCAACAUCGAUGGAAAGAAAGCUGAGGAGGCCAAGCAAAAGGACGCUGAGUCGCUGGAGAAAGAAGCGACUGGAGGUUACAGCAUGGUGGCCGAAAAGGUGCAGACAUUCAAAAUCCUGGGAGCCAUGGUGAACACCUCCAUGCUCCUGCUUUCGUGCUUAUCCUUCACCUUGGUGACUGUAUUUGGUACAAUGCUGGAAGACCACUACAAGUUUGACAGGACUCACCUCGAAGAUGUUAUGCUGCCCAUCUCACGGACGUGCUCCAUCAUCAUCAUCUCCGCUUAUGUCGCGUACAUCGUUUUCCAGUUGUUCACACAUCGAACUGUCAUGGCUGAAGGGGGAGAUGGAGAAGAAGAGGAAGAGGAGAGCUCAAUAUCAGUGGCUACAUGCUCCGUACUUUUGUUCGUCAUGACAGCUGUUGUGGCCUUCUGUUCUGAUCUGCUGGUAGACUCAAUCGAGAGCAUGACGGCAAACGCUAACAUGGGUGAACAUUUUAUUGGCAUCAUCCUCUUACCCAUCGUGGGAAAUGCGUGCGAGCAUGCAGCGGCAGUCCGCUUUGCCAUGCAGGACAAGCCUGGUUUGUCCAUAGGGAUUGCGGUUGGCUCUUCAACGCAGAUCGCCCUCUUCGUAGUUCCUUUUUCCGUGUUGGUGGGAUGGGCCAUCGACAGACCGAUGGAUCUCAACUUUGGGGCGCUCAAUGUCACUGUCAUGACGCUCAGCGUCAUCGUUGUCCUGUCUAUGGUCGUGGACGGCCAGUCUAACUGGCUGCAAGGCUACCUACUUUGCGCCGCGUAUGCCGUCAUUGCUGUCUUGUUUUGGUACGUGCCCAACUCUACAUCCAUCUGA